AUGGCAGACGAGAAAGAUCCGAAGCAUAGUCUUGAUGUCGAGAAAAUAAGAUCUGGAGAUGCCGAAGGCACAAUGACGGUUGAGUCAAUGUCAUUCAAGGAGCAGUUCAAGGCAAUGAAAACCCACAAACAUGCCAUACUAGCUGCCUUCGCCUGUUCUACUACACCCAUCCUCAUUGGAUACGACCUGACCCUGAUUGGCUCGAUUAUCGCAAACUCCAAGUUCGUCCAGCAGUUUGGUACUUACGAUGAAGGCCUUCAAGUCUGGACACUUCCUGCAGGCCAACAACUGGUUUGGACCAUUGUCCAGUAUGUCUCGGCAAUUGUCUCUGCUAUAGGCUCGGGUAGUCUGAACGAUAUCCUCGGCCGUCGCAUUUGCUUCCUUAUUACCGUCGGUCUUACUGUUAUCGGCACAUUCGUUGAGCUAUUCUCCCCAAACUGGAAAGUUUGGGUCGUGGCUAAACUCUUCAUGGGGGCUGCCAUGGGUUCCAUGCAAGCCAACACACAAACAUACGUCUCAGAGAUUACCCCAACCGCUAUCCGAGGACUCACGCUCUCACUGUUUCAAUUCUGGAUUAUUUUGGGUCAGCUUAUUGCUUCAUGCGUUCUCGAGGGAACGAGCCAUGUCGAUAGUCCUUGGUCUUGGAAAGGCGCCGUCGUAUCCCAAUUCGGUCCCGCAUUCUUCUGCCUGGCCAUGUUUAUUCCCUUUGUCCCAGAGUCUCCCUAUUUCCUCGUCGCAAAAGGCAGACUGGAAGAUGCGAAGGCUGCGAUUGCCAAGCUGAGGGGAAGCAGGGACUUUAACUGCGACGAGGAGCUACGUGAGAUAAAAGAGACUCUGGCCCAUGGACGGCAAGCCGACGAAACAUCAGCUUCCUUCCUCGAAUGCUUCCAGGGGUCGAACCUCCGUCGAACCCUCCUGGCAUGUCUACCUUUGGUGAUGCAGAUUUUUAUUGGCUACCCCCUCUGCGGCAAUUAUCUGUCUUACUUCCUAACUUUGUCGGGAAUGAGCAAUGCGUUCCUCAUUACUGUCAUAUCUGUGGUAUGUUCACUGGUUGCGGCUCUUUUCGCCUUCUCCCUGAUCGAACGUGUGGGACGCCGACAGCAACUCCUCUUCGGUACUUACGGUAUGCUAGUAUGCCUCCUCAUUAUCUCACUGCUGGGAUUCUUUGGCGUGGGAGAGAAAUGGAAUUACCGUGCCCUGGCUGCCUUCUGUAUCAUAUGGGCAGUCUUCUACUAUGCAUCUGUCGGCGCGGUGGGUUGGGCUAUUGUCGGAGAAAUCUCAUCUUCACGCCUGCGUGCGAAGACGACAUCUAUUGCCGCCUUGUCUAGCUCGCUGUUCAACAUGGUCUGGUCUAUUGCCAUCCCUUACUUGGUCAACCAAGACAACGCAAACCUUGGGCCAAAGUCGGGACUUUUGUUUCUUGGAUUCGGUAUCUUCUUGUGUGGGGUAUGCUUUUUCUGCAUCCCCGAAACUAAGGGUAAAUCGUUUGCCGAACUUGAUGCCUUGUUCGAGGCCCACACACCAGCUAGAAAGUUUUAG